CACGCAUGGUGUCUGGGCAGAGAUGAACUCAACUAGGGCCAAUGGCUCUUCUGAAAUAAAGAGGAGAAGCGCUACAAUGACAUUGAAAGCAAAUGGGGUCGCAAUCAUUUCCCACGGUGAAUUUGUCCGUUGGAGCAGUACUGUAACCCGUUCCUCCCAAGAAUUCACAUGGAAUCGUGUCUCCCAAGCGUGGUGACUGCACCGAAGCAUUUUAGUUUUAGUUUGGUGGGUGUGUAAGUGUGAGGACAAAACGGAUCGCAAAGUUGAAUCGACGCGCUCGCGCGCUCUUCGCUUUUCCCACGCGUUUCUGCUUCAUGAGUCACAGUUGAAGCUGUGGGAAUUUUUCUUGUUUUGGCCGAACUAACCCGACAUCCGACAACGUCUUCGAGGUUGCCCUUUCCCGCCCAAGUGCGCCCAUAUCAUGGGGACUCUAUUGGCCGAUUCCGUGAAAGGCAGAUUGUUAUUUGCUGUCCCAAAGAAAGGAAGGCUGCACGAGCAGUUGACUCUUGCAGGUGCUGACAUCAAAUACUUCAGGUCUCACCGUUUAGAUAUAGCCCUCGUCCAAAAUCAUCCGAUCGCUCUACUCUUCCUUAAUGCCUCCGAUAUCCCUCAAUUUGUUGGCUCUGGAAACGUCGAUCUUGGAAUAACGGGCCAAGACCAAAUUGCCGAGUCGGGACUAACAUCAAAAGUUAAUGAAGUCCUCCCCCUCGGUUUUGGGAAAUGUAGACUUCAAGUUCAAGUACCGGAAUCUUCCCCAUUCCAAACGGUCCAGCAGUUGUCUGGAAAGCGGAUCGCGACGAGCUUCGAGUUUGUCGCUGGUGAAUACUUUGGAAGAAUCGAUAAGGAAGUCGAGGCUAGUCGAAGUCAUGAAGAACCAUCUAGCCCUACAAAGAUUCAAUAUAUCGGGGGGAGCGUCGAAGCUGCCUGCGCCCUCGGACUCGCAGAUGGGAUAGUUGAUCUCGUCGAAUCGGGUGAAACUAUGCGUGCGGCUGGCUUACAUCCAAUUGCCACCAUUUUGGAAACUCAAGCUGUUCUCAUCACAUCUAAAGCGCCCCACUCGACGACAUCGACUAAUCCUGUCCUUGUGGAACUCAUUGAGAAGAUUACGAAGCGUAUCCAGGGUGUUAUUGCCUCUUCCAAAUUCGUUCUGUGUACGUAUAAUGUGCGAAGGGCGGACAUGCAGCAGGCGGUGGAGAUCACACGAGGGAAGAAGGCGGCCACGGUGUCUCCUUUGGAGCGUGAAGAAGAAUGGGUAGCCAUCAACGUGAUGGUCGAAAGGGCCACCAUCGCUGAUGUCAUGGAUAAAUUGCAGGUGAUAGGUGCUGAAGAUAUCCUCGUCACCAAGCUCGAAAAUUGUCGUGUGUAGACGUAAAUAUUCGUUUGGAUUAAAUAUAAUGCAAUCGGUAUUUUGGAUUUCGCAUGCCGGGUAAUCAAGACCACAAACUCAGACAGAGGAAGAUACGCAAAAUCUCAAAAUCCCGGCAAAGCUCAGCAGAUGCAGUCCAAUCGUGCAUCAGAAUCCCUGACACCUAGUACGCGAGCACUGGCUGACAUCCCCACCAUUUCUGUACAUCAUCAUUUCCCCCUAACAACCCUGCGAUAAAGCCUCCGACGUCCUUCCUCGAAAUCGAGAACAUCCCCUUCCCUGAACUCUCCUCCUGUCCAGUCCCUUCCUGGAUAAUACGAUAACUCCCCCUUCCC